AUGGGAAUGAAAUUUGCUCAUGCUGCGCUGUUGUUUAUAACACUUUUCUGGAGCGCUAAAGGACAGGGGAGUUCUAAUGGAGCGAUAGGUUUUAGUCUGAACCCUCCGUAUUUUAAUCUGGCAGAGGGGGCUCGUAUCUCUGCCACCGCGACCUGUGGACAGGAUGAGACGGGGAGACCGAGGCAGGAUUUAUACUGUAAACUGGUUGGUGGACCUACAACCGCGCGUCUCAGUCAGAACAUUCAGGGUCAGUUCUGUGAUUACUGUAACUCCAAUGACCCAAACAAAGCUCAUCCGGCCUCAAAUGCCAUUGACGGGACAGAGAGGUGGUGGCAGAGUCCGCCUCUAUCAAGAGGCCUGAUCUACAACGAGGUCAACGUCACGCUGGAUCUUGGACAACUCUUCCACGUGGCAUAUGUCCUCAUCAAGUUUGCCAAUUCCCCUCGGCCGGACCUUUGGGUGCUGGAGCGCUCUGUAGACGGUGGAAGAACCUAUAGUCCCUGGCAGUAUUUUGCACAUUCAAAGCGUGAGUGUAUUGAGCGAUUUGGAAAACAGCCCAAUGGUCGAAUAGAAAGCGACGACGACCAGAUCUGCACCACCGAAUACUCCCGCAUUGUGCCACUGGAGAAUGGAGAGAUUGUGGUGUCGCUGAUCAAUGGUCGUCCAGGAGCCCAAAACUUUACAUAUUCACCAGUGUUGCGAGACUUCACCAAGGCAACAAACAUACGGCUGCACUUCCUCCAGACGAGCACUCUGCUGGGACACCUCAUCUCCAAAGCUCAGAAGGAUCCCACCGUCACACGCAGGUAUUAUUACAGUAUCAAAGACAUCAGCAUUGGAGGGCGCUGCGUCUGCCACGGACAUGCACAAGUUUGUGAUGGCAAUCGGUACGAGCAGAACCCCAACAGGCUGCAGUGCCAGUGUGAGCACAACACAUGUGGCGAUUUGUGCGACCGCUGCUGUCCAGGUUUUAACCAGAAACCGUGGCGCGCUGCUACUGUCCACAGCCCCAACGAGUGCCAGCCCUGCCAGUGUUUCUCCCAUGCCUUUGACUGCUAUUAUGACCCAGACGUGGAGCAAAGGGGAGCAAGUUUAGACACCUUCGGCAGGUACGACGGUGGAGGAGUGUGCAUUGAAUGCCAGCACAACACUGCUGGAGUGAACUGUGAGCACUGCAUUGACGGUUUCUAUAGACCUUAUGGAGUCCCACCAGAGUCUCCCACUGGAUGUAUACCUUGUCGAUGCGAUGAGCGGACGACAGCCGGGUGUGAGAUGGGAUCUGGACGGUGCCUCUGCAAGCCACAGUUUACGGGAGAAAACUGUGAUCGCUGUGCGGAUGGCUACUAUAACUACCCACAAUGCAUCAACCCUACCUGCCCACCAGGAUAUUACGGCCCACCUAGAUGUCAACAGUGUUUGUGCGACUAUAGAGGAACAGUCCAGGAGGUGUGUGACGCUUUUGGCCGCUGUCUGUGUCGUCCUGGUGUGGAGGGUGAGGGAUGUGACCGCUGCCAACCUGGAUACUCCUCUUUCCCAAACUGCCAGGUCGCUGCCUGCCCACCAGGGUAUUACGGCCCACCCAGAUGUCAACAGUGUGUGUGCGACUAUAGAGGAACAGUCCAGGAGGUGUGUGACGCUUUUGGCCGCUGUCUGUGUCGUCCUGGUGUGGAGGGUGAGGGAUGUGACCGCUGCCAACCUGGAUACUCCUCUUUCCCAAACUGCCAGGCUUGCAACUGUGAUGGAGCGGGUGCUGCUGACAUUGGUUGUGCUUCUAAUGGACUGUGCGUUUGCCUUCCCAACUACGUGGGCCGGAACUGUGACGAAUGCGCUCCGGGUUUUUACGGAUACCCGGACUGCGCUGCGUGCCAGUGCUCUGCGGAGGGCUCUUACGGCUCCACGUGUAACUCUCUGUCCGGACAGUGCCUGUGUCUGCCUAGUGUGGUGGGCCAACAGUGUGACCGCUGUGCUUCUGGAGGCCUGAGGUUUCCCCAGUGCUCAGCAUCCAUUGGAAUCUGUAACUCGGCAGGAUCAGAGAUGACUGAUCUCCAAGCGGGCUUGUGUCGCUGCCGUCCAAAUGUUGAAGGAACUUUGUGUGAUAAAUGUAAACCACUCUACUGGAAUCUGGCUUUAAACCACCCCCGCGGCUGUAUCGAGUGUCGAUGUGAUGUGAAGGGGACAAUAAGUGGAGUCGGGGAGUGUGACCAGAGAACUGGACAAUGCCGCUGUAAACCUAACACUUGUGGCCAUGGAUGUGACACUUGCAAAGAUGGAUAUUUCUUACUUCGAAAGCGCAAUUACUUUGGUUGUCAAGGUUGUGGGUGUGAUGUGGGAGGAGCCAUUGAUUCAGCCUGCGAUGACAUAUCCGGACAGUGUCAGUGUCGUCAGAACAUAAUCGGCCUCAAAUGCACUGCCCCCGCACCCAACUACUACCUCCCCACAUUGCACCAUCUCAAGUUUGAGCUGGAGGACGGGACCACGCCAAACGCCCGCGCCGUUCGCUUUGGUUAUGACCCAGAGGCGUUUCCCGAUUAUAGCUGGAGGGGUUACGCUUUCAUGUCACCCGCACAGCCAGAGGUGAUCCUUAACCUUAGCUUCGGCUUUCGUGGGCUUUUCCACAUUGUAAUACGCUACACUACCCCACCUCGCAAGGGGAAAGCACCUGUCAAAGCAAGGAUUUUGGUGGUGGAUGAAGCCGGAUCUAAAUAUUGCUGUGAUUGGUCCGAACAGAGUAAGGAAGUGGUGUUUCCCAGGAGCCGGUCUCCAUCCUUCUUGACCGUCCCUGGAGAAGGCUUUGCUGAGCCCUUUGCACUGACCCCAGGGAAGUGGUUCAUCCACAUUCGAGCCGAGGGAGUACUGCUGGAUUAUCUUGUAUUGCUUCCCCGUGAUUAUUACGAAGCCCCCCUGCUUAAAGAAAAGGUCACAACACCAUGCUCAUACCAACUCACUGCUGACAGGGACACAAACUGUUUACUAUACAAGCACCUAUCCCUGGAUUCCUUCACCUCUGUGCUUGGAUCAAAGGGGGUUCUCUCCAGCCGUAGUGGACGCAAGAAAAGGCAGACCAAAGUCCGACGGCCCACAGCAGAUCACCCGGAGAUGGCUCUGCUCAAUGGGAGGCAGUCCCAGCUCCAGCUCACCCUCAGAGUCCCUCAGCCUGGAGCCUUUGUGCUGGUCCUGGAGUAUGCCAGUGAAGUGGACACUAUGCAGAACGUAAACAUGCUCAUCAGUGGCCAGUCCGGCUCUCAGAUUCUGGCCAGGGCUAAUAUUUACAGUUGCACUUACAGCUUUUUGUGUCGGAGUGUGGUAGUGGACAGCAGUAACAGAUUGGCCGUGUUGCAGUUAACUCACAAAACAGGGCUCAUGCUUCAAACAUCUACCACUAUGUUCAUGCUGUACAAGGUGUAUGUGGUGCCUGCAGAGGAGUUCUCUAUGGAAUAUGUCAAGCCAAAAGUACUCUGUGUUUCUACUCAUGGACGCUUCACUGAAGACAGCCGGUAUUGUAUUCAGAGUCAGUUUGAGCUGCCUACAUCCCCCUUGCUCUUGUCUGCGGCCCGGGAUGGUCAGCUGUCCUCCACCCCAGCGUCUGCCCUUCAACCCCGAGAGAGUGAGGAGUGGAGGCAGCGCCGGCAGACCAGCACUUUCUCCGUCCGUGAACCUCCGAGUGAUGCCGUCUUGCUGAAGUUCCCUCAGACAAAAAUCACUUUCUCUCCUCGGAUGCCGCUCCCAGGCAGGUAUGUGGUUGUGGUCCAUUACCACCAGCCUGAGCACAUCAGUUUCCCUGUGGAGGUGCAAGCAGAGGCGGAGCAUGAAUGGACUGGUUCAAUAAAUACGUCAUUCUGUCCUGCUGUUUCGGGCUGCAGAGAAGUAGUGAUCUUCGAUGGUCAGAUUGCCCUUGACUUUACUCCCCAUUCUUGGAGACAGCCCAGCAUCUCCCUGAUCAUUCCACCAAGAAAGACCCUUUUUUUGGUUUAUAUAUUGCUGGUUCCUGACAGCAGUUACACCCCAGAUGUCCUGAAAGCUAAGCCACAAGAUAAAUCAGCAGAUUUCAUUCAGCAGUGUCGAGGAGAAGGCUUCCAUAUUGACCCGGUCACCUCCUCACAGUUCUGCAAAGACUCGGCUCUCUCUCUGGCAGCAGCAUACAAUAACGGCGGGCUGCCCUGUGACUGUGACAAGACUGGAUCAACAUCUUCGGCCUGUGACCCAGUGGGGGGACAAUGCCCUUGCAGACAGUUUGUCAUUGGCCGUCAGUGCAAUAAAUGCUCCACGGGAUAUUUUGGUUUUCCCUACUGCAGACCUUGCGAAUGCGGCCGUCGGCUGUGCGAUGAGGUGACCGGGCGCUGCAUCUGCCCUCCUCAGACCGUCAGACCCUCAUGUGAUGCGUGUCAAAAUCAGACCUACAGCUACCACCCUCUGCUGGGCUGUGAGGGCUGCGAGUGUUCCCCCACUGGUAUUAACUCUAACGUUGACUCCGACUGUGACCGCACCACCGGACAAUGCAGUUGUAAGCCCAGGAUUGGAGGGCGGCAGUGCGACCUCUGUGCUGCCGGUUACUAUGGGUUCCCUCAGUGUGUGCGCUGUGACUGCGAGCACGGGGGAGUCACCAGCGAUGUGUGUGAUCCGGACACUGGUGCAUGUCUCUGCAAGAGAAAUGUGGUUGGUGUUAGAUGUGACAGCUGUCGAGGAGGAUCUUUUCACUUUGACCCCCUCAAUCCUGUGGGCUGCACCAGCUGUUUCUGCUUUGGGGCGACAGAUCAGUGUGAAAGCUCCACCAAACGCAGGGGAAAGUUUGUGGAGAUGCGUGGCUGGCGACUAGAAAAUCCAGAUCAGAAGGACAUUCCCUCGGUGCUGAACUCGGCCAGUGGGACCGUGGUGGCAGACGUCCAGGAGCUGAGUCCAACAGUCCGGGUGCUGCACUGGGUGGCACCACGCUCUUACCUCGGAAACAGAGUCUCCUCCUAUGGUGGUUUCUUGACUUACCAGACAAAGUCAUUUGGCAUUCCUAGUGAGGGAAUGACUUUGAUUGACAGAAGACCAGACGUUCUCCUUACCGGCCGAGGUAUGACCCUCAUUCAUGUGGCCCCACAACUCCCAAACCCAGAUAGGAUCUACCAUGGACGUGUGCAGACUCUAGAGGGAAACUGGCGUCAUGCAGGUAACAACAAGCCGGUGUCUAGACAAGAACUGAUGAUGGUGUUGGCCAGUCUGGUGGGGCUGAGGAUCAGAGCUCUGUACUUCACCCAGACACAGCGCCUCAGCCUUGGAGACGUGGGGCUGGAGGAGGCCUCUGACAGUGGGACAGGAGGCGCUGGGAACACUGUGGAGAAAUGUUCCUGUCCCGUUCAGUACUCCGGUGACUCCUGUGAGGGAUCGUUUUGGUGGUUUUGGCCCUCGCGCCCGGACGCAGGACAAUCAGUGCAAUUUCCUAAAUUGAAUGAUAGUGUUGGCACUGGACAGACUCAGAAAUGUGCACCAGGCUACUUCAGAGACGGCAGUGGACAAUACCUGGGCCAAUGCCUACCAUGCAGGUGUAAUGGUUUAGCCACAGAGUGUGAAGACGGAACGGGGAAGUGCCUGAACUGCCAAUACAACACGGCUGGAGACAGAUGUGAUAGCUGCAAAGAGGGUUACUAUGGAAACCCGUCUCAAAAGACAUGCACCGUUUGUCCCUGCCCCUUCAGUGUGUCCACCAACAGUUUUGCUGUGGGCUGUCAAGAGGUCAGUGGUGGAAUCAAGUGCAUGUGUAAACUUGGUUACACAGGAGACCGAUGUGAGAGAUGUUCGUCUGGUUUCUAUGGCGAGCCCGUGGUUCCCGGAGGAAGUUGCCGGCCAUGCAACUGCAAUGGAAAUGGGAACAGCUGUGACCCCAGGACUGGAAUCUGUAAGAAUACAUUGGAACCAGGAGACACAAACACAGACAAUGAGUGCAAAGAAUGUGACAACUGCGCACUGACGUUACUUCGCGAUUUGGAAAAGCUGGAUGAUGAAUUGCAAAGGAUCAAAGCUCUGUUGCAAAACGCCAGUGCGUCUUCAUCCUCUAACGAGAGACUGAAGAAGCUGGAAAAAGCCAUAGCAGACACUAAGAUUCUAGUGGACAAAUACAGCACUUCAGUGAACAACCAAAAGCCAAGAAUCACCCUGCUUGAAGACGACAUGAACACUCUGGAUGAUGACAUCGGCCUCCUGAGAGACAAGGAAAAAAACACAGCAUCAGCAGUUGAGAAGGCGAUAGUGGAAAUUGACAAGACGCACAAGCGAGCGAAGAUCCUUGAUGCGGAUAUCAAAAAUAUUCUCAAGAAAAUUCAAGCCCUGCUUGACCAGCUGAACGAAUUGGGAACAAGCGGCGAUCGUCCAUCAAACGAAAACCUCACCAAACUGUUAGAAGAAGCAGAGCGCAUGGUGAAGGAGAUGCAAAAGAGAGACUUCACUCCUCAGGAAACUGCUGCUGAGAAAGAACGAGAAGAGGCCAAAAAAUUGCUGGAUUAUAUCAAAGCAAAUGUGAGCGAUCGGUGUGACCAGAAUGAAGCGACUGCAAAGAAUCUGAAGGAGAUUUUGAAUACCUUUGGUGACAAACUCAAAGAUCUGGAGGAUGCUCUGAAGAAGGCGGAAGAUCGUGUGAAGCAGGCGUCAUCCCAGAAUGACCUCAGUGCUAAAGAGCUGAAGGACCUACAGAAACGCAUUGAGGCCUUGAAACAGGAGAAGAAAACCGUUCUGGAUCAAAUGGACAUGGCCAAAAAUGAGCUAAAAAAGACUGAGGAUUUGGCAAAAAUGCUAACAGACAGCAAAACGGAAUAUGAAAAGUUAGCUGCACAACUUGAUGGGGCAAAGACGGACCUAACCAAGAAGGUAAAUGAUUUAUCCAAAGCAGCAGCCCAAGAAGGCAUCGUGAUCAAAGCAGAAGACCAUGCUAAAAACCUUUCUAAAUUGGCUAAAGAACUUGAAGAUGCAGUGAAGAAUGCCAGCGACAAGGCCGAAGUACGAAAUGCCAAAGACGCUAUUGGUGCAUACAAGAACAUUACGGAGGCUAUAAACGCUGCGGAGGCUGCUGCUAACGAGGCUAAAGCCGCGGCCGAGAAUGCGCUAAAUAAUGUGAAUAACCAGAAGUUAACAGAAAGAGCAAAAGACCUGAAAGAUACAAGUCAAGACCUUCUGGGCAAUGCAAUGGAUGCAGAGAAAAAAAAUACUGCUAAUAAAGCUGGAAUCGCUGAUCUGAAGGACCGGCUGGCAGAGGCUGACAAAAAAAAGAAAACUCUUGAGAACGACCUUCUGGAUGCUCAAAACAGCUUAAAAGACAUCAACAGAGAUGACGUCGCUAAAAUGCUAGAAGACGCAAAGGCAAAAGCAGGUGCAGCAAACAACACAGCUACAAGCACUUUGGACAGACUGGACGACAUCCGCAAGGAGCUGGACAAGAUCAACAUCUCUCCUGUGGACUCCAACAGCAGCGGCAUCCUGGACGAUGUGGACCAGUCAGUGAAAAAUUUGUUAAACGUAAUACCAACACUCAACGACAAAAUGUCCGAAGUGGAAAACCUGACCAUGGACCUUACACCGCUGAGCAACAUCACAGAGAACAUCAGGAGAAUCAAAGACCUCAUCGAACAGGCCCGGGACGCCGCCAACAGGAUCGGUAUCCCCAUGAAGUUCAAUGGGGACGGUUAUGUGGAACUGAGAGCACCCAAGGACCUGGAGGACUUGAGGGCCUACACCGCUCUGUCUCUGCAGCUGCAAAGGCCUUCGCGGGGAGGGGACGGCAGCCGCAGACGCAGACAGGUUCAAGGGACCGAGGACCUGUUCGUCAUGUACCUCGGCAGCAGAGAUUCUUCUAAAAACUACAUCGGCAUGGUUUUGAGAGAGAACAUACUGUAUGGCGUUUACAAACUCAACGGGAUGGAGUACAAGAUGAAAACAGGCUACAUCACAAAAUCUAUGGCGGAGCAGGCCAAGUUUGAUCAAGCAGUUCUACGCAGAAUCUACCAAGACGCAGAGCUGGUCCUCAAAAAAGACGUGAUGGCAACAACUCCAGAAAACCUGAUCGAAUCCACCUCAAAAGGAGAAGAGAAGAAGAACCUCCUGGACCUGAGCCCGGAUGAUGUGGUUUUCUAUGUAGGAGGAUACCCCAGUAACUUCACUCCGCCAGCUUCUCUCAAUUUCCCCAUGUAUACGGGCUGCAUAGAAUUUGGCUACUUCAAUGACAGAGUUAUCAGCCUUUAUAACUUCCAAACGGCUUAUAAAGUAAACCCAGAGACUCCAUGCAAAAGACAAGUCCCUACUCCUGAGUCUGACUUCUUCGAGGGCACUGGAUACGGAAAACUGUUUAUAAGUAAAACCGGAACUAUCAUCAUUAUUGAAAUAUCUGUCUUGAGCCGAUCCGAAAACGGACUUUUGUUUUUCAUUGGAACCGAGGAGAAAUACUUUGCCAUGACGAUCGAAAAGGGUGUGGUGCGGCUCCGUAGCAACGCUCUCAAAGGGACUCCUACUUACAUUGAAUCCAAAAUAUUCCCCCGGAAGGACUGGGCAGAUGGUUCAAUUGUCUUCACUAGCACAGGGUCAAUCACUGUGCGCUUCACCAGCCAGACACUGGUCAAAGCCAACGCCGACUUUAACCUGAAUGACUUCACCGAAUGUUAUGUCGGCGGAGUCCCUCAAGUCAUACGGGAAAUGCACAAUGUCACAGCACAGCCGUUCAAAGGGUGUGUGAGGAACCUGAAGAUGGAUAGAACAUUUAGACCCAUUGACGAAGCCGUGGGCAUUAGCAAAGGAUGUCCACAAGAAGCUAUGGUUUCCCGUAAAGCCGAGGUGACCCUGGGCAGCUCUUUGUCCGCUGACCUCUCCGGCUUCACUCUGGACACAGACGUGACGCUCUCCCUGGGAUUCAGAAGCACCGAGAACCAGGGUCUCAUUCUGCAGAACAAAAACCUAGCUAAUGGCUUGAAUCUGGCGCUUGAAGGCGGCUACGUGACGCUUGCAUUCAACAACAGGAAGUGGCGCUCCAACAAACAGUAUAACGACGGACAGUGGCAUUACUUAACGGUCACUAGAAGAGCAGGAAUCGUUGUGCUCUUCAUCGAUGACGAAGACGAAGGCCAGGAGCAGAGCGGCAGCGUGACAAUCCCCAACACAAACGGUGCAUUGGUGCUGGGAAAAGACACGUUCAAAGGCUGCGUGACAAACCUGUACACGAGACGACCUGAGAAUCUGUACAAAGCCGAGGAUCUGAGUGAGUUCAGUUACAACGGAGACGUUCUUCUGGACGUAUGCAGUGCUCACAGCCCCGCCCAGCUCAUGCUCGACCGCACGCCCAACAAAAGGUGA